AGUCGCAGUUCAGCGGUGCCUCAUCCAACAUCGCUAUGCUGCCGUUCUGAGACAUUAUGCGUAUUUUCCCUUCACCGAAUCCUUAUAGCACCCAUCAGACCCCCUCCCCUUUCGACUACGACUAGUCCAUCACAAUGAUCGGCGCUCGUUUGGCCAUCGCUGUGCUGACAGCGACUCUGAUCAGUCAGCCGGUGACUGCCUCUCGAAUCGACUGCAAGCAUGCAAGCUGUGAGUUCAACAUUCCCGAGGAGUGCCAAAAAUUUACGAACGUCUACUGCAAUCUGAAGAACCGGCCGCGCGGGCAGGUUAACCUAACAGCGACAUCUUUCCCGAGACUUGUCCGUGACAUCGAGCUGCGUAACAUCAAGGAGCUGACAAUUGAAAGAGACACCAUCGCCUCCCUGGCCUCACUGGAAAUCUUGAAACUGCACAACAUCGAAACGUUAACUCUUCAGCCACGCUCUUUGGCACGUGAAAACGGAACAGGCCAGAUCGCUGUAGUCAUCAGAGAAGUGAAUAAUCUGGAUGUGCACAGAGACACAUUUUCCGGGUGGGAAAACUCGAAAUCAAGAGUGACUAUCGAGAAACUUGAGACGUGUCGGAUUUUUGGCAUGGCCAUCGCUUCCACCCAUCUUCAUUCCCUGAAGAUGCAUCAAGUAACCAGUCUAGAGCUCGGCCAUGGUGCGUUCAAUGCAAAGUCCAUUAUCGAUCAGGUGACGAUGACAGAGAUGAAAAAUCUUUCCAUCGAUACCGGAGCAUUCAACUCUAGCGUGAACAUCAGCACAAUGACUUUGGAAGACGUUGAAACUCUCUCGCUGAACUCGGCGGCAUUUGCACCGGGAACAUCGAUUCAGAAAAUGUUUAUAGAGCGAUCGCCAAAUUUACACAUUGCCCCUGAUUCAAUCAAGGCGGACAUUGACACACUAGCACUUAAACAUGUCCGUAUGGCAACAUGUCACAAACACACAUUUGGCAGCACGAUCAAAUCGCUGUCACUGACUGACUCGUCCAUCAACAAGACACAAGCCAACUGUAUAUCAGCUACUCAGAAGUCCAUGAAACUGCUAGUAGACACUUCAACUAUCGGUCACAUCGCCCCAUUGGCAAUCCAUGGGGACAUCGAACAACUGGAAAUCAUCGACAGCGACCUCGGGACUGUGGCUGAAGGAGGUGUCACAGUGAAUGUAGCCAACUUCUCAGUUAUAAAAAGUACCUUUGGGGAAGUGUCCGGCAGAGCGCUGAAAGUGCAUGCUACUGAACAAAUCAAUUUAAAAAACUGUACCAUCAACAUUCUGAAAACGGAUGCCUUCGUCCUUCUCGACUUAGACGGCAAAGCCGAAGACCGAAUCAGAGUAGAAGACCUGGUGGUUGUGGCACCUGAGAACGGCUCAAUGCAAUUUGAUCACCGACAAAGCAUUCUCAUGUUGCGACUUGAGGUUGGUAUUCCUUGUACUUGCUUUUCGUCGGAUAUGACGAAGGCUCUAGGCCUCACUGACAUGGCAAACGCGGAUGAUGCUCGCAUAAGACGAAGCAUAUCACCUCCUCAUGUCCGUUGUGAAAAUAACGGCACCUGGCCCAAUUUGGGGGAGUAUCAGCUAGAGUUCUGUUCAGACCCGUCAACGACCACUACGCUGACCAGUACCACCCCUGAUAUUAGCGUUACUAUCAGUUCCAACACGGGGACCCCAGGUGAGUAUUACGCAGAAGCAGGUUUUGACCAAACACAAGUUCACAUAUCCUCUGCUUGGGUCGCCGCCUUGCUGACACCCAAGGCGUCAGGGAUCGCCGUGUUAGCGCCGGACCUUCUGAGUCACACGUCAGUAGUGGGACGAACGACUCGGGGGUUGGCUCGCAAGGCUCGCUCCAAGAAAUGGAGCCCCGUUCAGAAAAAGAGUCCCACCCUACUCGAGUUCAGGAACCUCAGCACAAAGGGAGGAUCCCUACCGCAGAGAAGGUCUGGCGGCCGGACUCCUUACAGGCGAUCACAAAGCGAGAGCGAGGCCACCAUUGUACCGGAUAAGAGACUUGUUCUUCCUGGCCAGCCAAUGGAUCGACAGGACUCCCGGAAUCAGCAUCCGGAACGCGAUCUGCGCGCUAUGCAGGUGGCGCGUGAAAUGCGCGCGCCACAUGUUGAGGUUCCGUUGGGUAGUGAGGUUUAG